GGGAGCGUGGCGAGUUGACCGCGGCUGCCGGACAGGACACACACUAUAGUCUACAGGGAGGGAUGGAGGGGGGAGGGCAGGUGAAGGAAGCCACUAAGCAAGCACAAACUGCAAUAUAAAAAAAGAGAGAGAGAGAGAGAGAAAAAAUCUCCAAUACAAUAAAUAUUAGUAUUAAUAAAUAAAUAAAACUAAUGGUCUGAGUCUAGCCUGGAUUUGGUUGGGUUUGGAUUUAUUUAGAUAUUGAAAUUGAAUCAAUCAAAAUUAGUAAUGGCGUGAGUGAGUUUGAUUGAAGCAAAAAAAAAUAUUCAAGUUGGAGUGAUAAGAAGAAGAAGAAGAAGAAAUGGUGGGAGGUGGGGGCGGGGGCGGAGGAGCAUCUUCCACAUGGAGGAAUGCGUACCAGGAAAUCGCCAACUCCAAGCCUCUCUUCGUCGCGAUCUACGCCACUGUCUUCCUCGGAAUCGUCUUCUCUUCCUUGUAUGUUUUAUCCGCCGUCUACUCCGCCAAUUCAUCCUCCUCCUCCACUUCCUGGCUCUCCUCUCCUCCCAUUCCUACAAGUAUUGAUAAUACUCGUCAUGUGGAUCAAUCUUCCAAUUUUUCCAAACCAACAACAUUAGCUGCGGGUUCAUCGCCACCGACAUCCAACCCUCAAACCAUGCAGAUAAAACCAAUUUGGGAACCUCCCCCACACGGUACCAAAUUCCCGCCCUUAAAGACCUUUAGACUCACAAAACAACUGGUUCAGCAAAGGGUGAAAGAUAAUGUUAUUAUAGUCACCUUUGGUAACUAUGCUUUCAUGGAUUUUAUCCUUUCCUGGGUUAAACACUUGACUGAUUUGGGCCUUUCCAAUCUUCUUGUUGGUGCUAUGGACACCAAGCUGUUGGAGGCUUUGUACUGGAAAGGUAUUCCAGUUUUUGACAUGGGAAGCCACAUGAGCACCGCAGAUGUUGGGUGGGGCUCGCCAACCUUUCAUAAGAUGGGAAGAGAAAAGGUUAUUUUGAUAGAUGCAAUCCUCCCUUAUGGUGUUGAGCUAUUGAUGUGUGACACAGACAUGGUCUGGUUGAAGGACCCGCUUCCAUAUCUUGCACGUUAUCCUGAAGCAGAUGUUUUGACUUCAAGUGAUCAAGUUGUACCCACAGUCGUUGAUGACAGCUUGGACCUAUGGCAACAAGUUGGUGCUGCCUAUAAUAUAGGAAUUUUCCACUGGCGACCAACAGAGUCUGCAAAAAAAUUGGCGAGAGAAUGGAAAGAUAUGCUUCUAGCUGACGAUAAGAUAUGGGAUCAGAAUGGAUUCAAUGAUAUUGUACGCAAGCAGUUGGGGCCGUCUGUUGAUGGAGACAGUGGACUUGCAUAUGCUUUUGAUGGAAAUCUCAAACUUGGAGUUUUACCAGCAAGUAUAUUUUGCAGUGGACAUACUUAUUUUGUCCAGGCCAUGUAUCAACAACUUAGACUGGAACCUUAUGCAGUGCAUACCACAUUCCAGUAUGCCGGUACUGAAGGGAAGAGGCAUCGAUUGCGGGAAGCCAUGGUUUUUUAUGAUCCACCGGAAUACUAUGAUGCACCAGGAGGUUUCGUUUCAUUCAAGCCGUCUAUUCCAAAGAGUAUGUUGCUGGAUGGGGACCAUAACCUUGAAACACACUUUUCUCUGAUUAAUUACCAAAUAAAACAAAUAAGGACAGCACUGGCAAUUGCUUCGUUGUUAAAACGUGCGCUGGUCAUGCCUCCACUUUGGUGCAGGCUGGAUAGACUAUGGUUUGCCCAUCCUGGAGUUCUGAUUGGAUCUAUGACCAGGCAACCUUUUCUAUGCCCUUUGGAUCACGUAUUUGAGGUGAAUAACAUGUUGAAAGAGCAGCCAGAGGAGGAGUUUGGCCCUGCAAUCAAUUUCAGAGAGUACUCUUUUUUGGAUAAUCCAUUAUUGCCUAGACAUGUGAAAGAGUCGUGGCUUGAUGUUCAGCUUUGUCAAGAAGGAGCUGAAGAUUGUGGUGCGUCAAACAAGACAAGUCGGCCAGGAAUACUCAGAUUUCCAAAACGCAGCAAUGAAGACAUGUUCAAGACCACAUUCUCAUCAUUCAAGGAUGUCAAAGUCAUUCAAUUCUCUUCAAUGCAAGAUGCUUUUGUUGGCUUCACUGACAAGAGAAGAGAGGAGAAAUUUAGGAAUCGCAUGAAACGUUAUGUUGGUAUAUGGUGCUGUGUUGAAAAUCACGAUCCUGGACAUAUAUACUAUGACAUGUACUGGGACGAGAAAUCCAAUUGGAAACCGAUGCCACCACAAUCCGCAGAGGAUGACCACCCACCUUGGUAAGGACUGGCUGCCAUUAUCAGAAGAAUCCCCCCCAGAGCAAAGAGAAGAUGACAAGAGUUAAAAGGGAAUGUAGGAUGCUGGUUUAGGAAAGUGACGUUAGAAUAGAGUGAGUAUCCCAUAGCUGCUCCGGUUCCUUUUCAAUCCACCAAGAGGUGCUGUGUUCUUGUUCGUAGAUUGGGAAUGUAGUUAGACUCUUGAGGGUUUAAUAUUUGAAAUAGAGGAAGCUGAUGUAUCCUUUCCCCUUCAUCUUGUAACAUUAUUUAAAGGUUUUUUUUUGUUAUGUAUCACCUUAAUUUUUCACCAUGCUAAUAAUAAUAAUAAUAAUAAGGAAACCAAAUUGCCAAA